UAGAGCUGGCUUUCUACAUUCUACUGGAGCUAAAGAAGAUAAAAGGUAUGGAGAGAAUGUGAUUGUGCUGUCUGUAGUAUCGAAAACGAAGCUAAAAAUAUAACUCAAACAGCGAAACCCCACCCAACUUUGCUUUCUUUUGUUCUUUGCUUCCUUGUUUUGAUCUCUCAUUUGUCAUUUGUCAUUUGGGAGAAUUUUUGAAUUUGGUUUCCUUGGGGGAUUUGGGUGUUUUGGAUGGUGGAACUGUAAUAUUUUUCUCCUUUCUUGGAAUCUAGAAAAUGGCGGCAGAGAGAUUGUUGUCGUUUUCAGUUGCUUCGGUUGUGGAGGAUGUACUGCAACAGCAAUGUAAUCGUUCCAAAGAUCUUGAUUUGGAAUCUAGAAAAGCCGAGGAAGCUGCAUUAAGGAGGUAUGAAGCGGCUGGAUGGCUGAGGAAGAUGGUUGGCGUAGCGGCGGCUAAAGAUUUACCGGCAGAACCAUCAGAGGAAGAAUUUAGGCUUGGUUUGAGGAGUGGAAUAAUUCUAUGCAAUGUUCUCAACAAAGUUCAACCUGGAACUGUGCCUAAGGUGGUGGAAAGUCAAGCUGAUGCGGCCCUCAUACCUGAUGGAGCUGCAUUGUCAGCAUUCCAGUACUUUGAAAACGUGAGGAAUUUCUUGGUUGCUGGGCAAGAGUUGGGGCUUCCUUCUUUUGAGGCAUCUGAUCUAGAACAAGGAGGCAAAUCUUCAAGGGUGGUGAAUUGUGUUCUAGGGAUGAAAUCCUAUUACGAAUGGAAGCUCACAGGUGGAAAUGGAGUAUGGAAAUUUGGUGGAAAUAUAAAACCUGGCACUACCACGUUGGGAAAGUCGAUUGUAAGAAAGAAUUCAGAGCCUUUCACCAACUCCUUGCUAAGGACCUCAUCAAUGAAUGAGAAAUUAUCAAAUGGUCACCCUAAUGAAAUUCAACCGAAUAAAAUGCAGGCUGGUUCUGGUUCAUUAAGUAUGUUGGUUCGUGCCAUUCUGAUAGAUAAAAAGCCAGAAGAAGUUCCGAUGCUGGUUGAAUCUGUGCUCGGUAAAGUCGUAGAGGAGUUUGAACAUCGGAUUGCAAGCCAAUAUGAAGUGAUGAAAACAACUUCAAAAGACAUCACUCCUCAUUUCAGCAAGUCUCUAUUGAAACAAACUCCUGGGGACAAUAAGAUUGAGGAAAAGAACAUCAAAGUGAUAAACCGCUAUCAAAAGAAUCUCACUGAUGUUAAGGAAUUAAAAAGGCGAUGUCAAAAACAACAAAUUAUCUUUGAUCAACAAGAAAGAAAUAUUCAGGAACUAAAACAUUCUAUUAAUUAUACAAAAGCUGGCAUGCAAUUGAUACAAAUGAAAUUUCAUGAAGAAUUCAACAAUCUUGGCAUGCAUAUUUGUGGUCUAGCUCAUGCUGCUUCUGCUUACCAUAGGGUUCUAGAAGAAAAUCGCAAGCUAUACAAUCAAGUGCAGGACCUUAAAGGAAGUAUUCGUGUUUACUGUCGGGUGAGACCAUUCUUGUCUGGACAAUCAAGCUACCUGAGCACUGUUGAUCAUAUAGAAGAAGGAAACAUCACUGUAAACACCCUGUCAAAGUAUGGUAAAGGACAGAAGUCCUUCACCUUCAACAAAGUCUUUGGGCCAUCUGCAACUCAAGCGGAGGUUUUUUCUGAUAUGCAGCCUCUUAUACGAUCAGUUCUUGAUGGAUACAAUGUCUGUCUAUUCGCAUACGGCCAGACAGGCUCGGGAAAAACUUAUACUAUGGCUGGCCCUAAAGACCUGACAGAGAAAAAUCAAGGUGUUAAUUAUAGGGCAUUAGGUGAUUUGUUUAUUCUAGCAGAACAAAGAAAGGAUAGUUUCCGCUAUGAAGUUUCUGUUCAGAUGAUCGAGAUUUAUAACGAGCAAGUCAGGGAUCUCCUUAUUACUGAUGGAAGUAACAAAAGAUUAGAUAUUCGCAACAGGUCCCAAACAGGUCUUAACGUACCAGAUGCUUGCCUCAUGCCUGUUUUAUCAACGGCUGAUAUUAUUGAUCUGAUGAACCUAGGACAAAGGAAUCGUGCAGUUGGUGCAACAGCCCUAAAUGACCGUAGUAGUCGUUCUCAUAGUUGCUUGACUGUCCAUGUUCAAGGAAGAGAUUUAACAUCUGGAACUAUUCUCCGUGGCUGCAUGCAUCUUGUUGAUCUUGCAGGAAGUGAGAGAGUAAACAAGUCCGAAGUAACAGGAGAUCGACUAAAAGAAGCACAACACAUAAACAAAUCUCUAUCAGCUUUAGGAGAUGUGAUUGCUUCCCUUUCUCAAAAGAAUCCACAUGUCCCUUACAGAAACAGCAAACUCACUCAACUUCUUCAGGAUUCACUGGGAGGGCAAGCCAAGUCACUAAUGUUUGUUCACAUAAGCCCUGAGCCUGAUGCCAUAGGUGAAACAAUAAGUACUCUCAAAUUUGCGGAGCGUGUGGCUACUGUUGAACUUGGAGCAGCGCGAGUGAACAAAGAUACUGCUGAUGUUAAAGAACUCAAAGAACAGAUUGUUAGCCUUAAGGCAGCAUUGGCAAGGAAAGAGGGAGAAGCCGAGAAAAAUCAGCAUUAUGAAUUUAACAGCUCUGAAAAAUUCCGAACAAAGGCUAGUGACUUAUCUCCCUUUACGCCUAAUCACCGGGCUGGAGAUGUGUUGGGGGCUAGACAACCCAUGGGUGAUAUGGGCAACAUUGAGCUGUGUACCAACUCUAAAUUGAGGCAAAAGACGCAAAGCUUUGAUCUUGAUGAGCUAUUAGCAAAUUCACCUCCUUGGCCUCCUGUUAAGAGUCCUGCCCAAAAUUUUAGGAAUGAUGAGCAAGAAUUGGGCUCGGGUGAGUGGGUGGAUAAGGUUAUAGUGAACAAGCAAGCUGCCAUUAACAGAGUAGGAAACUCCCUAGGAUGUUGGGAAGCAGAAAAUGGGAAGUUAUCUGAUGUCCUUUACCAGAAAUAUCUACAAGAUUCUUCGAAGAUGUACCCAGAACAAUCAUAUAAUGUGUUCAUUGGGAGUAACAGGUUCAACAUGGCUUGUUCUAAUGACAUAGAUGAUAUUGAUGCUGCUACCACCAGUGACUCAUCUGAGACUGAUUUGCUUUGGGAAUUCAAUCGUUCCAAGCUUAGCAGCAUAACCAAUGGGAUGGAGUCAAAUACCAAGAAACCUACUUUAAAACCAGCAAGGAGAUCUGAACUAAGCAAAAGUUUAUAUCCAAUGUCAGGGCCAUCACCCUCUAGGAAACUUGCAAAUGGAGUUGGCCAGCAUUUGAACCGAAACGGUAGGCAACCAACUACUGCUGAUGGUAAACGCAAAACUGGAAGUAGAAAGUAACAAGUUUAUAUACGCCUUAAUUACCACGUUUGGGUGAUUUAUGAUUCUUUCCUUUCCUUCUCUAUGUUCUUUUUAUGUCUUUUAGAGAGGGAAAAAUAUAUAUAUAAUUUUUAGGGUAUAGUUAAAAUGC